AGCUUCCCUAAGCAACACACCCCCUCCUGGCUUAGCUUCCCUUCUCACUCGCACGCGCCGCCGCCACAGAGCUCAGCUUAGCUCGAAGCUACUCCGUCUCGAGGUAGCUAGCUAGCUAAGCCUUCAUCCAUGGCGUCAGGAGAAGCAGAGCCACUGCAGUACACGACCACCGUGCUCCGAGUGUCGAUCCACUGCGAGGGUUGCAAGAAGAAGGUCAAGAAGGUGCUCCAGAACAUCGAAGGCGUGUACAAGGUGACAAUCGACGCGGCGCAGCACAAGGUGACGGUGACGAGCAGCGUCGGCGCCGACGUGCUCGUCAGGCGGCUGCACAAGUCAGGGAAGCACGCCACGGUGUGGCCGUCGCCGCCGGUCGCCGCCGCGGCGAAGCAGAAGCCCGACGAGGUCGCCGCCGCGCCGCCACCAGCUGCUGCUCCGGCGCCGGCCGGGGAGCGCGGGAAGGGCGCGGAGAAGAAGGCGAAGGAGGCGGCGAAGGAAGCUGGGACUGAGAGCUCGGAGAAGAAGCCGGAGAAGGAGAAGAAAGCCGAGGCGAAGAAGCCGGCCAAGGACGACGCCGCCAAGAAGGAGGGCGAGGUGCCCGAGAAGGAGAAGGGCUCGCCUGAGCCUAACAAAGAAUCGGCCGCCGCCGCCGCCGACGAGGAGGAGGGCGGGGAGGAGUCCGGCGGGAAGAAGGGCAAGAAGAAGAAGAACAAGCAGAAGGACGGCGGCGGCGAGGCGGACGCCGCGGCGCCGGAGAAGCCAGCUGCCAAGGCGCCACCGGCCGCACCCGCGCCGUCGAUGCCCGCUCCGGCGCCAACGCUGUCGUCGCCGGAGCGCCCUCACGGCGGGUUCCCGUACUACUCGCCGCAGCCGGUGAUGAGCUACAAUGUGGCGCACCCGAGCGCGAGCGUGUCCUCGUACUACGCGCCCACGCCGGUAAUGUCCAUGCAGCCGACGCCCAUGCCGCCGCCGCCGCAGAUGUCGUACGGCUACUCGCCGUACCCGCCCAUGAUGAUGCCGCCGCCGCCGCCGCCGGAGUACCUGUACGGCCCGCCGGGCAUGCGGUCGUCGCCGCCGCAGGAGUCUUACAGCAACAUGUUCAACGAGGAGAACCCGAGCUCGUGUAGCGUCAUGUAAUGCCGCCGCCGGCGACGAUCGCCGGCGCCGGACACGGGACCGAUCGAGCUGUAGUUGACGGGGAGGCUUCUCAAUAGAAGCCUCUCCUCUCGUGUGGUUGCUAGCUAGAGUGGAGUACUGUUAAUUAGAUGGUCAAACCUCUUCUUGACCAGACUUUUUUUUCUCUUCCCAUUUUAAAAUGCUCUUAGUGCAUCAUGUAAUGAGAUGAGUAUUUUAGUACCCUUAAUAUCUUCUUUUGUUAAUUAACUUGUUUGGUUGUUUAUUA